AACCAAUCCACCACCUCUACUCGCAUUCAGUGUGAUUUCUGUGGUUUACUUGGUCAUACCCAGGAUAAAUGCCACAGAUACAAUUGCUACAAGCAUGGCAAUAAGGCUCAGGCAGGCUCCAGCAACUCUCAGAAUACCUCUCAGCAGCCCAAAUCUUCGCCCAACAAUGCCAAUUCAUCUACUGUGGUCACUGAAUCAGCUGGAAAUGCAAGUCUUUGUUCCAUUCAUCCCUCUGAUCCUCACUGCCCUCUCCAACUUGAUGCUGACAUUGAUUGGAAUGCAGACACAGGCGCCACUUCUCAUAUGACACCUCAUCGUCAUUGGGUGCACCACUAUACCCCAUAUUGUGUGCCAAUCAAGCUGGCUGAUCACACUGUUGUCUAUUCAGCUGGUGUUGGUACUGUGGUGUUUAAUCCUGUGAUG